AUGUCAGGUCCAAUGUCAGCUUUUGCUCGAUAUUCUCAAGAAGAAAACUCAUCAUCACCUCCUCAAACUAAUUCUGUUUUACCAGCAUCUCGUAAACGUAAACGUGUUUCAGUUAUAAAUACAAAUGGUCAUUCAAAAGAAAAUCAACCAAAUAAAAAUCGAUCAAAAUCACUUCAACCUUUAAUAGCAAUUUCUGAAACAAAUGGUCAAACACAUCGUAUUGAACAGCCACAAAAUACAAUUAAAAAAUUGAAAAAUUUCGAAAAGAAAUUUUUAUCACCUGCUUAUCCAACACCCUAUCCUCAACGUCAGGUGAUUGUUUCUGAAUCUCAUCAAUCAUCAUCUGACAACUCAGAUGAAAUGGAAGAGGAUGAAGAUGACGAUGAAGAUGUUGAAGAAGAUCAAUCACCUUUAUCAGCUUGGCUUCAUGAUCAUGUUCCAAUCGAUGAUAGUACUCUUCUUGGUCAACAUGUAUUCAGUUUACUUAUUGAUCCUAUUCCAUUAAAACAAUUUGCAAAACGAACAUGGCAAAAAGAAGCAUUACAUAUUUCACGUAAACAAUCAACAUAUUAUAAUGGAUUAUUUUCUACUAGUGAUAUUGAUGAUAUUUUACGAGAAAAUAUACUUGAAUAUGGUGAUAAUGUUGAUUUAACUUUUUAUAAUCCACUAACAUCUAAAAAAGAACGACAUAAUCCAGCUGGUCGUGCUCGUCCAGCUGUAGUCUGGGAUUCUUAUAAUGAAGGAUGUUCUGUUCGUAUUCUUAAUCCACAUACAUAUUCAAAAAAUAUUUGGAAAUUAUUAUCAUGUCUUCAAGAAUUUUUUGGUUCACUUGUUGGUGCAAAUACAUAUUUAACACCACCUGGAUCUCAAGGAUUUGCACCACAUUAUGAUGAUAUUGAUGCAUUUAUUCUUCAACUUGAAGGAAAAAAACA